UCCUGUCCAUGUACCUGGUCACCGUGCUCGGGAACCUGCUCAUCAUCCUGGCCACAAUCUCAGACUCCCAUCUCCACACCCCCAUGUACUUCUUCCUCUCCAACCUGUCCUUUGCAGACAUCUGUUUUGUGUCUACCACUGUCCCAAAGAUGCUGGUGAAUAUCCAGACACAGAGGAGAGUCAUCACCUAUGCAGGCUGCAUCACCUAGAUGUGAUUUUUUAUACUCUUUGUAGUGCUGGACAGCUUACUCCUGACUGUGAUGGCCUAUGACCGGUUUGUGGCCAUCUGUCACCCCCUGCACUACACAGUCAUUAUGAACUCCUGGCUCUGUGGACUGCUGGUUCUGGUGUCCUGGAUCGUGAUUGUCUCCUUAUUUUAUUGUACAGGCGUAGGUGUGUACCUUAGUUCUGCUGCAACCCAUAACUCACUCUCAAAUGCUGCAGCCUCAGUGAUGUACACUGUGGUCACCCCCAUGCUGAACCCCUUCAUCUACAGCCUGAGGAAUAAAGACAUAAAGAGAGCUCUGAAUCGAUUCUUUGGGGAGCAGAAAUAA